AUGGCAUCUACUUUCAUUCUCCUACUAAUUUCCUUCUCCAUCUUCCCAUUCGUCAUCCAUGGCGCCAAGGAGGAUCAAAAAUCCUACACAUUGAUCCAGAAAACCUGCGAAUUCUGCUCGCAGAACUUCUCGACCCCCUACGACUUCUGCACCUCCGCCCUGCAAUCCAGGCCGGCGAGUGAAUGCCAAACGCUGCGCCGCAUAGGCAUGGCGUACAUUAAUCUGGUCAUGGCCAACGUGACCGACACAGUACGCCACAUCAAGGCUGUGCUGAACAGCGGAAAGGUGAGGCCCGAGUUGCGGCGGGCGGUGAGUGCUCCGAGCUCUACAACAGCUCUGCCAUCACCGGAGUGGAGGAGGCGAUGA